AUGUGUGUCUUCAAAACACUGCCUGGAAAUCGCCUGGGAUUCACUGAAGAGCUGCACGUCAUCAAGUUUGUGACCACGGUUCAGUUCGCCGGCCUCAAGUGUGACGUGGAGGCCAGCUCUCUGCCUUUCGCCGUCUUCACCUUCUGCACUCCUCCUUUCAGCGCCUGGGCCUCCAUCAUGUGGUGGACCAUGCUCUCCCCCAGUGAACCCUGGAACCUGUCGCUGUUCACCGACCCUCCUCCGCUCAGCUGGGAGCUGCUCUCUCAGGCUCUCAGCUGGCAGUUCCUGUCCGUCGGCCACCGGGGGCUCGACGAGAACCAGCUGGCCACGCUGAGAGACAAACUAGAGGGACAACAUGGUUCCUGUGGUGAUUAUCAAGUGUCCUGGUCCAAGUUUUUAAAGGAGAACAUUCCCGGGAAGCCGUUCAGUUUCUGGGCGUGGCUGGACUUCAUCCUUUCGCUCAUCAAGGAGCACCUCACACCAUUGUGGAAUGACAACUACAUCAUGGGCUUUGUGAGUAAAGAGACGGAGCGAGCCCUGCUGAAGGACCGGGAGCCCGGCACCUUCCUGCUGCGCUUCAGCGAGAGCCACCUGGGGGGAAUCACCUUCACCUGGGUGGAGCGCGGCAUGGACGGUGAGGUGAAGUUCAACUCCGUGGAGCCGUACACCAGCAACUGCCUCAACUGGCGCCUGUUCGCCAACAUCAUCCGAGACUACAAGAUUUUCUCGGACGGGGUCUUGAAUGACCUGCUCAAGUUCCUCUACCCAGACAUCCCCAAGGACGAGGCCUUCAGCCGGUUCUACAGUACUCAGCCCCAGCGCCCGGAGCCCUCGGAGCCCCCGAUUACCCCCGGGGAGUUUGAGUCCCUUUCCCUCGACAUGGAGAUCAUAAGUUUGAUCUAG